AUCGGUUCAGGAUGGUGCACAAUAUUUGGCAGUUGAUUGCGGGCACGCGAGAAUCCUUCCAGGCGUUGUUUGAACUCCGAAAGGAUACCGAUUAUUUUUACCUGCUGAAACCGUUUGAAGUGGUCAUUGGCUACAACAUGCAAUCGUGGACACGAAGGCAGCGCUUUGGUUGGGCUUUGAUGGUUACAAUAUUUCUACUGUACUUUUUACAUUUGAGUUGGAAGGUCUUGAGUGCUUUCGUUGUGGAGGGAAGUUUUGGGUACUUUACCGGUACCGUUUGUCUGUGGGUGAUAUGCGCUGGCGCCUUGACGCAGAUCUGCAUUUUUCGCAACACUCGGAAGCACCAGGAUGUGGUUCGAGCGUUCAUUAACGGUCGCCAGAAUCAGACAAAGGAUCGUCACCGCAGCUGGGACAAACGGGCCAAAUCCUUUCGGUUCAACGUUUGGUUCACCUUGAUUUGCAUUGCGUCAAUCGCCUUUAACGGAACUUGCUUUGCUCUGAUCGGUGGCCACCGAAAGCCUGAAUUUACCAUUGUGAUUGAUUUGGGUUCAGAUUACGAGUCUUUGUCUGGAUUCAUUCAAAAAGCCAGCUCUACUUUUUUCAUCAUUUUUGGAGUAACGGAAGUGCUUAACAUUGUUUGGAUAACUUCUUUUUUUAAUGCAAUGGUAACGGAGUUGGAAAUAUUGGUAGAAAUUUUCGAUGAACUCGGAUCCGACGGUGAUGGCGCUUCAUUAGACGAAUUGGUUGUUGCAAUAGGAAAACAGCAACAGUAUUUGGAUUGUGUUCGUCAUUUGCAAUACCUGACAUCUCCCAGUUUCUUAGUACAGUAUUAUCCGACACAGGCGGUAAUUGCCCUUGUGAUUCUGCAGUUCACCUACUAUCGUGGUACGGGUUUAGGGUACGCCUACGUGGCACAUGCAAUUUUUUUGUCAUGGCUGUAUUGGUACAUGUGUAAUUACGUUGAAAUCCUCGAGAGUAAGUGCAUCCAGAUAGGAGAAAUCAUUUACAAUCAACCCUGGUACUCAAAGCAGCACCGUGCAUUGUUUCGUUCGUAUUCGCUAAUUAUUGCUCGAAGUCAGCAUGGAUUGCAAUUCCGAUGCGGAGGAAUUUUCCUCAUGUCGAUGGAAUCGUUUGCCGACCUGCUGCGUAAAAGUAGCUCCUUGCUGAUGUUUAUGAUGACCUUCAAGUAG